CCAAGGCGCGCUCAGCGAUUUGGCGCUAGAGGUUUACUGUAAACCAGCUGCUCUAACAGAGACACUUUACUCUUUUUAGCUGUUUAUUGGCUCUUUAAUAUAUUAAUUAAUUGACAUUAAUGGACAAUCAUGUCUGAAGAGGAAAAUAAGGUUUCUGACGAACUUUUCAAAGAUGUCAAAUUCUACGUGGUAGGGGACAUUGACCAAAAGGUGGUGCAGCUGCUGAAGGCGGGAAAAGGGAAGGAGGUGUCUUACAAUGCUUUGGCCACUCACAUCAUUGCAGAGGACGGGGACAACCCUGAGGUCGGCGAAUCCAGAGAGGUCUUUGACCUGCCGGUUGUCAAGCCGUCCUGGGUGAUUCUCUCAGUCAGAUGUGGAGACCUGUUGCCAGUUACUGGAUUCUCCCCAGAAUCAGGACAGAUAUUCUUUGGUGUGACAGCCUGUCUUCCCAGGCUCCCAGAUGAUCUCAACGCUUUGUGGGCGUACAUAACCUUUUAUGGAGGAGAAUGUCAACUUAACCUCAACAAGAAGGUCACCCACUUAGUAGUAAAGGAACCAAAGGGGGCCAAGUUUGAGUGUGCCCUGAAACACCCGGGCAUCAAGAUUGUCACCCUGGACUGGAUAACAGAUUCUGUUAAAGACAAAAGCAGAAAAGAUGAGGUGUUCUAUCAUCCCAGGCUGAUGUACGUGGAGCCAGAGGAAGAGGAGGAGAGUGAGGCUGAGUCGUACGACCAGCGCUCCCAUUCAGACGGGAGCUACAGCCCCCGGCGCUCCCACCUGUCCAGCGGGGGCUCAUCUGGCGAGGAGUCCAGCCCCCGCAGACGACCAGGACCCAAAAAACUGAACUCUGUCUCUCCGGCCUCUCCUCACAAACGGGAGCGCCGUGGCGAGCGCAUGUUUGACGACUCCGACGACGACUCCUCCAACGAGAAAGAGGGCACCAACCUCAACUGGACGCCGGCUGAAGUCGUCACGCCGACCCCUCCGAUUCCAACCGGCACGGCCAGGCGGAGAUGUCCACCGGGCAGCAAAGACCCCGUGUCGUCUGCAGGCAGCGGGCUGAUUAACCUGUGUGCCACUGUGCCUCCUGUACCAGGCAGCGGAGGAGCCAUGCCUGCUGAGCCUCGCUCUGCUGCUGCUGCUGCUGCUGCUGCUGCCAUCAGCCACAACGCACAGCAAGAGGGAAUCCCUGGCUGGAGUCCAGCUGCCAGAACGCUUCGCAACAUCACCAACAACUCUGACAUGCAGCCAGCCAGUCGACCUGCCAAUGUAGCACAUAUCAUCCAGAAUUUGACAGCCAAUCAGACAAAGCCGUUGGAGCAGCAAACCAAUCAGAGCCAUGCUCAGACCCCUAAUAGCACCAACCCUCUUCUAUUCAAUCAGGCCAAAAUGGCCAGCCAGCCCCUCACAGCAGAGCAGCAGCAACAGCUACUGCAACAGCAACAGCAACAGUCACACCAGGUUGCACAACAACAACAACAACACCAACAACAGUUACCACAGCAACCACAGCAUCCCAUGAUGCACCUACAGCAGCAGCAGCAUCAGAUGAUGCAGCUACAUCACCAACAGCAGCAACAAUCACAGGUCCCACAGCAACAAGGGUUUGCACAGUUACCCCAGCAGCAACAGUUUCUGCAACAACAGCAGCAAAUGCAUCAACAGCAGAUGUUUUCUCAGCAACAGCAGCAGCAGCAACAGCAACAGCAGCAGCAUGCGUUCUCCCAGCAGCAGCUACGACCUCAGCAGCUCCUCCGGCCUGGUUUACAGCAACUACAGCAGCAACAGGCACUGCAGCAACAGCUCCAGCAGUUCCAACAGCAACAACAACGCAUGCAGAUGUUGCAGCAACAGCAGCAACAACAGCAGAAUCAACAGCAGAUACACCAACAGCAUCUGCAGCAGCAGCAGCAGCAGCAACAGCAGCAGCAGCAGCAGCAUUUCCUGCAACAGCAGCAACACAUGCAACAGAUGCAACAGCAGCAGCAGCUGCAGAGUCAGCAACAGCAGGUUCUGCAGCAUCAGAACCAACAGGUCCUGCAGCAGCAGCAGCAGCAGCAGACGGUGCUGCAGCCUCAGCUCCAGCAGCCUCCUCAUAUCUCCCAGCUGUUUGGACACGAGCCAGGACAAGAAAUUCCACAGGAUGGCUUCCUGCUGGGAUGUGUGUUUGCUAUCGCUGACUACCCAGAACAGAUGGCUGACAAACAACUCCUGGCCACAUGGAAGAGGGUGAUCCAGGCGUGUGGAGGUGCUGUUGACCCGACUCUGACCAGCCGCUGCACUCACCUGCUGUGUGAGAGUCAAGUCAGCAACAUGUAUGUACAGGCCCUCAGAGAUGGGAAGCGCUGUGUAACAGCCCACUGGCUUAACACUGUCCUGAAGAGGAAGAGGAUGGUUCCUCCUCAUCGGACGUUACAUCUGCCCUUUGCCUUCCCUCCAGGAGCCAAACCAGGCUCUCAGCAUAUUAUAUCAGUGACAGGUUUUGUCGAUGCGGACCGGGAUGACCUGAAGCUGAUGGCCUACCUGGCUGGAGCCAGAUACACUGGAUACCUGUGUCGCAGUAACACUGUCCUCAUCUGCAAAGAACCCAGUGGGCUGAAGUAUGAGAAGGCCAAGGAGUGGAAGAUCCCCUGUGUGAACGCCCAGUGGCUGUGUGAUAUACUGCUGGGAAACUUUGAAGCACUGAGACAGAUUCAGCACAGCAGAUAUUCUAUCUACACUCAUCCUGAACCUCUGGUGCCCAACCCACAGCUGGUCCAGAACCUGCUCGCGGCUUGGAGAAUGCCGAUCAAAGUCUCUUCUGAAGCUCUCGCGAGUCUCCAGCUGCUCCAAAAGCAGAAGAUAACUGACACCACCAACCAGCCUGCAAACAAGAAAGCCAGACUGGAGGAGAUCCAGUCCCCCAAUAAGAAGCUUCCUCCAGAGUCCACUCCCCAAGUCAUGUUCACAGGCUUUGAGCCCACACAGGUCCAGCAGUACACCAAGAGGUUACAUGCUUUAGGUGGUGAAGUAGCAGACAGCAGUCAGAAAGUCACUCACCUGGUGGCUACUAAGGUGACUCGCACCGUCAAGUUCCUCACCGCCAUGUCUGUGGUGAAACACAUCGUCAGCCCCGAGUGGCUGGAGGAGAGCUGGAGGAGCCAGAAGUUUGUGGAUGAGCAGAGCUACACUCUGAGGGAUGCUGAGGCGGAGGUGUUGUUUGGCUUCAGUCUGGAGGAAUCACUGAAGAGAGCCCACAGUGCUCCACUCUUCAAGGGCAAGUACUUCUACCUCACCCCAGGGAUCUGCCCCAGCCUCAGCACCAUGAAGCCCAUCCUGGAGAGUGCAGGAGGGAAACUGCUGGCCAAACAGCCCUCCUACAGGAAGAUCAUGGAGCAUAAACAGAAUAAGAACCUUCCAGAGAUCAUCUUAAUAUCCUGUGACAAUGACCUCCACCUCUGUCGAGAAUACUUCAUGAAAAACAUUGACGUCCACAACGCAGAGUUCAUUCUGACGGGAGUUCUGACCCAGAAACUGGACUACGACUCAUAUAAGUUCACUUGAUGAUGAAGCAAUGGUGUCAUGAAGAGGAAGAGGAGGAGGAUGAAGAAUAGAUCAGGAAGCCACCUGUGUACAGUCCAGCCACACUGACUUUUCUAUGUUUUUAUUUCUGUGCAUAGAUCUCCAGUCAUUUUGUAGCUUUUAUUACCUGUUUGAGAAUAAAUAAAUGGAUUGUUAUUUUUCUGAAAUGAAUGUUUAAAUUAUGGAGGAUUUUAACCUUUUUCCUGUUGUUAAAAUUGAAUGUGUAAAGGCUUCCGCUCGUACACGCUGCUUUUUGGAAUAAAAACUGUACAUUAUGUUUGUGAAAA